AUGGUCGUGCCGUCGCCGCGAGACCUGGGCGCCGCGAUCGUGACCGCCGCCGGUUGCUUGGCGUGGUGGGGCGUCGAAAAAUUCGCGGGGUGGCUCUCCGCAUCCACCCCCGCCUCGCUCGCGGGCGCGACCCUGGCGCGAUGGCAGUGGGUCAACAUAGCGGCGUUCGCCGUGAACGUGGUCUCGGUCGCGAUCCCGGGGCGGAUCGACGACGAGAUGGCGGAGCAGAUGAAGAAGGAGGCCAAGGCGCGCAAGAAGAGACCGUCCGUCGCGCCCGGCGUGCCGAAGGACAGCAUCUACCGCUCGCUCGUCACCCCCGCGGGGUGGGCGUUCCUCAUCUGGCCCGUGAUCUACCUGGCGGAGUCGGUAUUCACCGCCGCGCAGGCGUCCGACGCCCUCGACCCGGUCUCCACCGCCGCGUACUCGUCCGCCGCGCCGUGGUGGCUGCUCGCUUGCGCGCUCCAAUCGCUGUGGUGCGUCGCGUUCAGGGACUGGGCCAAGGCGCCCGAACACUUUUGGAUCAGCGGCGCCCUGCUCGCGGCGGAGGCGGUCGCGCUGGGCAGGGCCGUGUCCGCCGUCGACGCCGCGCGGGUCGCCUUCCCGACGGCGGCGUACUGGUGCGGGAGGCUGCCGCUGGCGCUGCACCACGGGUGGAUCACCGCCGCGGCGGUGGUCAACGUCAACUCGUGGCUCGCGGUGAGCGAUUACCCGAACGAGAUAUCGAGCGCGGAGUUUCAGGCGCGCGCGGCGUUCAUCUCGCACGCCGCCGCCGCGUUCUGUGGGUGCCGCGUCUCCUGGACGACGAACGAUCCGACGUUCGUCGGGGUCAUCGCGUGGGCGCUUUACGCGAUAGCCGCCGACGGCGGAUGGAGGAAACGACUCGUGGAGAGAAUCGGGGAGGAGCCGCUGAGGGCCAUCGCGAGGAACGCGUUGUUUCACGCGCGCGUCGCGUCCGCGCUCUGCGUGUACCUCGCCGCCAAGCCGCUGGUGGAUCCGUACCUGCCCGACGCGUUCGCGGGGUUGUUGGCGUGGAAACGAUGA